UCAGUUACCACUCCGGCUCUAUAAACCCCAGCGCAAGCAGCUUUUCAUGGCCUGUACGUGACUACGCCAUAGGGAUAUACAAUUUGCCAAAGUUUGAGAGUUUACCAAGUCUCGCUCAGCAGGUCCUGAGACUGAGAGAAAAAGAGAGAGGGAGGGAGGGAGAGGGAAAAAGAGGAAGAGAAAGAGAUUGAGAGAAUAGAAUGGACUACAUGCUGUUGCCUGGUGAAUGACAGGAAUUGGAGAAGGAAAACUUCGGGUCAUAGAAAAAGCGAAGUUUGUGAGCUUUGCAUAUAUACCUGUGGAGUGAGUAAAAACAGCUGAGCAAUGACGGACAACCUUAAUCACAGUGGAGAGAUAUUGAAAGGAGUCCAGGAAACAAGCAUAGAGCUGGGGAGUUUGCAACCCGCUGAGGUGACCAAGGAUGGUAUACCUGCCUCCCCCACCAACACACAUACACUCACACUCACCAACGAUGAGGAGGCUGAGAAGGAUGAGCUUCCUUACAAGGCCAACUGCUGCACGGACAUGGUUGAACAGGUCGAAGAGCAUGUUAUCCAUUUCUACCAUGACAACCACAACACCAUCCACUGGAGCUGCUACGGUUUCUUCAGUCUCCUCUAUCUGGCCUACCUUAUCUUCAUCCUAGCCCAUGAUGCGUACGGUGCCAUGCCUCUCUUCAUCAUCACCACCCUCCUCAUCCUCAUCAUGGCCUGGCGAUGGCUAUGGAACCGCUUCUCGGGGGGGAUGCAUACCUUCCUGGUCAGCCUCUUGCAGACGAUGCCACGGAUAUUGAAGAUGGUGUUAAAAGGGAUGGUGUAUAUUUCGGUUACCCUGAUGCUGAUCAUAUUGGCUGGCGUGACAGGGGUCUUUAAAUCCUUAGCUCUCGAGCCUGAGCGUCUCAUCUCUGUCCUUGGAAUCUUCUUCAUGCUCUUCUGUAGUUUUCUUCUCUCUAAAUUCCCAGCAAGAAUAAAAUGGAAGACGGUGUUUUGGGGCAUCUACCUCCAACUCUUUCUUGGAAUUCUCAUCCUACGGACACACCCUGGUUUCGUAGCCUUUAACUGGUUGGGUAAAAACGUGGAGAUAUUCCUCAACUAUACAACGGCUGGUGCAGAGUUUGUGUUUGGCCCCGCCCCGCUCGAACUCCACUCUUUUCUCUUUGUAGCUCUUCCUGUAAUUAUCUUCACCAGCUCUGUGUGUGGGUUGCUGUACUACAUGGGCGUGAUGCAGGUUAUCAUAAAGGCUCUGGCCUUUAUCAUGCAUUUUACCAUGGGCACCUCAGGAGCCGAGUCUUUUGCAGCUGCGUCAAACAUCUUUGUGGGAAUGACCACAGCACCCCUGGCCAUCAAACCCUAUCUGAAUGACAUGACAAACUCUGAGCUCUUCUCCAUGAUGACCGGAGGAUUCGCCACCAUCGCUGGUAACAUGCUGGCAGUCUACAUCAGCUUCGGGAUCAACGCAGCCCAUCUCCUCUCCGCAUCCAUCAUCUCGGCUCCAGCAGCGCUGGCCAUCGCCAAGAUGGUCUACCCUGAGACGAGAAGACCCAAAACGGCUCGAGUGUUCAACGUGGAGACAGAGAAAGUCCCUGAGAGAAACUGUUUGGAGGCAUUCUUCAAUGGAGCUGCUGAUGGCCUGAAAAUCUGUGCCUACAUCAUCUGCAAUAUCCUGGCCGUUAUUUCCUUCUUGGCUUUCCUCAAUGCUGUCCUCAAAUGGCUAGGAAACAUGGCCGGUGUAGAGAACUUUAGCUUUCAGCUGAUCUGUCGGUACCUAUUCUUCCCGUUGGCAUGGAUCCUGGGAACAACGCCUUCAGAAUGUGGCAUGGUGGCAGAACUACUUGGGAUCAAGACCUUUCUCAAUGAGUUCAUAGCGUACAAGGAUCUUGCUACUUAUAUUGAAAAGGGUGAAGUCAGUCCUAGGACUCAGGUGAUAGCGACCUAUGCACUGUGUGGUUUCACAAACCUGGGUAGCCUUGGUAUCAUGUUAGGUGCAAUGGUACCGCUCAUCCCUCAUAGGGUAGCAGACAUCUCUCAGAUGGUUGUCAGAGCACUCAUCGCUGGCAGCUUAGCAUGUUUGCUUACUUCAUGUGUUGCAGGGCUUUUGUACGACCCCAACAGAUCGUUUUUUGAUGGCCCGAGCUCGUCUCUCACAACGUUAAUGCCCAACAUAACUGCGAUAAGUCCAGACAGCUAGAGAUUAAACAUCUGUAAUAAAUUCUAAAAUCCUGCCAUGUUUUAUUUGUUUUCUUGUUUCUAACGGUAGAAAUACUCUUGCCAGAGUGUGCAUUGAUGUGUUUAUGUAGAUACUUGUCAUUCUAACUGUUUAUCUUCUGGAUGAUUGUAUAGUGUGUUAUACAAUAGGCCUGUCUUCAUCAGCUCGAGAUUGCCAAAUAUCCAGCUAUUUGAAAUAUCUCGAUCGCAAAUUAUCCAGCUAAUUUGUGUCUUCAUCAGUCCGAAGUUGCAAUUAGUGGGAUAUUCAUGAGAUAGUCAUCCCAACAUAUAUCUUGGGCUAGUUUGCAAAAUAUCCCGCUAUUUGUCCAGUGCGUCUUCACCAGCCCGAAGACUUGCACUAUGCGUGAAAGCUGAGCAAAAUAUCUCAAGCUAAUUUCUCUAGCUCGAGUUUCAAGUUUCAAUGUCAAAUCUCGAGCUGAUAAAGACGCGAUUUAUAACUUCUGGAUUAUUUCCCAAAUCAGAAAUAGCAGGCUAUUUGGCAUUCUCAAGAUGAUGAGGACAGACCUAAUGUAACAUGUGAAGGACUUACUAGAUGUGGUGGUGAAAGUAUCUUUUCAAAUUUUGAAUUAUCAAAAAUGUAGUAAACGGGAACAAUUGUACAUUAUCAUGUUUUGGAAUCUUCGAAAUGAGAAUAAAUUGCCUGAAAAUUUUGCGGGAAAUUACAAAGAAUGAAAAGCAGAUGAUGCAUAUAUAAGUAUGUGAUAAUGUGGCAUCAGAAUUCAUUCCAAAGCUGUAAAAUCCUCUUAAUCAAAUUUUAAAUAUGCAAGCUUCUUAAGGUAUUCCUUUUUGUGGAACAUGACUCUUUGAUAUUGUGUCAUUACAAAAACGAGGAAAACACCUCUUAUAUAAUGUUUUACCAUUACCUGAACUCCACCUCAUCCUUAUGCAACUUACUGUUGGUAUGGAAUAUAAAAGACAUGUUCCAUUUGUUUUAAAUGUCUCCUCAUACCUCAGUUAUUCCUACUUUAUGAAUGUAUUUGUUGUAUAUUUUAACGCUAUAUUAUUAUUAUUAUUAUUAGCAUACUACGACUUAUUUAUAUCAUUGUACUAUUAUUAUUUCUGAAUUGUAUAACAAAGGAGAAUCGGUGUUGGUGAAACUUUAUUUAGUUUUCAACUUGUCAAUUGGUUUCAUGGUUCUGUAAAAUGCAUCCAUUUGAAUCUUGAAAAGAUCAGAAAAUGAAUAAGGUACAAGUCUGUAGUAAAGUUCGGAUCCAAUUAUUGACUGCUGGUUAGAAAGAUAUUUGAAUAUUUAAUAUUCUGAUUUUUGAAUUUCAUGUUCAUGAACUGAUUACUGUAGGUUGUUUUUGUCUAUAUAGGAAUGGUUUCGAUGUCGCUAAUGAUUCAAUUUUUAAUUUCAAUCACGAACCUAGUCGGAGGAUAAUUAUUAGACAUUUAUUUUUAAAAGAAAAUUAUCCAGAAAGACCAGAAUUGAUGUGAUUGCUGCCAGAAAAUGUAGAUUAAUGUGUAUUUUACCAAUACUGCAGUAGUAUUUUUUGGUGACACUGCUGUUGUACUAGAAAUGACAAACUCCAUACACAAGGUGAGUAAAGCCUGUCUAAAAAAUGGAUCAAUGAAUAUUUCCUAAAAGUUAAGUAUUAUUCAGUUGUAUUUUCAGGAUUAGCAAAACAAUGACGUAAAUGUGUGGUACAAUUCAGAAUUAUACUUGUGAAUGGUAAGAGUUUGUGUGUUUCUUCACUUUCUUGUCAGUAUUUCCUAAUAGUAUGGUAGACAUAAGUCAGAGAAAAUAUAUGAAUAUGUACAUUGAAUAGAAUAACAUUAUAUUAAUGUAUAUUUUGUAAAUAAUGCACUGGAUAUUGAUUUUUACUCUUACUGUUAAUGUUUUUUGAAUAUUUAAAUGUAUUGUUUAAUGUGUCAAUAUAGAUUUGAUUAUAACAUUGAAUAUUUGUUUCAUGUUGUUACAAAUGUAGACGUAUGACAGGCUACGUCAUUAACAUUUACAUUUUAUAACCAUGUGUAUCAAAGUGUGUGUCUGAUGCACAAAAAUUAGAUAGAUGUGGAAAAUAUAGUGUUAAAAGUAGUCAUGAUGAUUUGUAAUAAAUGUUUCAUGUAAUUCAUUAUUUUGUAAAUGGUUGAUUAAGAGAUGUUUGAUAAACCAAUCUGAAUGAAUUCCUUUUCCUCCUUGUUACACCUUCACAAACAUGACACACUUAACAAAAAUAAAGUUGGGUAAAAAAAAUGCCCCUAGGAAAGACAUUAUGUGUGGGCAGCUUCUUCCUAACUAGACUAAAUAUUAUCUAGAACAUUUCAAAUCAUGCCUCAAACGCGUACCUGUUUCAAUAAAUAUGCAAAUAUUGACUUUGUAGGAGGAGACUUUGAAUGUUUUUUUUUAACAAAAAUAUAGCAAUCUAUAAAUGCUAUGAGUCAUCACCAUUCUGUACCGAAAGUAAAUAAAUAUUGGACCAUUUAAUACUCAUG